UCAGGACACGCUAUCAGCUUUCUACUAUCUAGCAAAAGCUUCUGCAUUAACCUAAUAAGAAACAAUGGCGAAUGUAUCUGAGAUUCGCAAGGCUCAAAGAGCAGAAGGUCCUGCAACUAUAAUGGCAAUUGGAACAGCAACACCACCGAACUGCGUUGAUCAAAGCACGUAUCCGGAUUACUACUUCAAAAUCACCAAUAGCGAACACAUGAGCGACCUUAAGAAAAAGUUCCAACGCAUGUGUGAUAAGUCAAUGAUUAAGAAGAGAUACAUGUACCUAACGGAAGAGAUGCUGAAGGAAAACCCUAACAUGUGUGCAUACAUGGCACCCUCAUUGGAUGCAAGGCAAGACAUGGUGGUUGUGGAGGUUCCAAGGCUGGGCAAAGAAGCUGCAACGAAAGCCAUCAAGGAAUGGGGUCAACCAAAGUCAAAGAUAACACACUUGAUCUUCUGCACCACCAGCGGCGUCGACAUGCCCGGUGCCGAUUACCGACUCACCAAACUCUUAGGCCUCCGGCCAUACGUCAAGAGGUACAUGAUGUACCAGCAAGGCUGCUUCGCCGGCGGCACCGUCCUCCGUUUGGCCAAGGACUUGGCGGAGAACAACAAGGGUGCACGUGUUCUUGUUGUUUGUUCUGAGAUAACGGCGGUUACAUUCCGUGGUCCAAGUGAAACUCACUUGGAUAGCCUCGUAGGGCAAGCAUUGUUCGGCGACGGAGCCGCCGCGCUUAUCGUUGGUUCGGAUCCAUUGCCGGAGAUUGAGAAGCCGAUAUUUGAGCUUGUUUGGACUGCUCAAACACUUGCACCGGACAGCGAAGGGGCCAUUGAUGGCCACCUUCGUGAAGUUGGGCUUACUUUCCAUCUUCUCAAGGAUGUUCCUUCGAUUGUUUCAAAGAACAUCAACAAGGCACUCACCGAGGCUUUUGAUCCAUUAGGUAUAUCUGAUUAUAACUCGAUAUUUUGGAUUGCGCAUCCCGGUGGACCUGCAAUUUUGGACCAAGUCGAACACAAGUUGAACCUGAAACCGGAGAAGAUGAAAGCCACUAGAGAUGUGCUUAGUAAUUAUGGUAACAUGUCAAGUGCAUGUGUGCUGUUCAUAUUGGAUGAGAUGAGAAAGAAAUCGGUUGAAGAAGGACUUAAAACCACCGGUGAAGGACUUGAAUGGGGUGUGUUGUUUGGCUUUGGUCCCGGAUUAACCAUUGAAACUGUUGUUCUGCAUAGUGUGGCUACAUAAAUUGGCCUCGCUAAUUUAUGAUGUUAUGUAUGUUAUAUAUCGUUUUAUUUUGUAUAUGGUGCAUGUAUGUCCAGCUAAAUAAUGUAUCGUAUCAAUGUCUAUUGGUACAAAAAUUAAUUAUGUUAAAUAAUAUAUACCCUCUCAGUUUGCAA